AUGCCAACAGUCUUACUACCCUCCUCGGCCGCAGCAUUUGCGCCGCGGUCCUCGCCCAAUGUGGUCCUGAGUGCCAAGAUCGAGCCCUGGUUGACGGCGACCUUGAAACGAGUUAACCGUGUCAAGAGACCACUGAACAACGUCACACAGCAUACAAGAUGUCUGACGGAGACUCUGUCCUCGCCACAUGCUAUCUGGACUCUGUGCUCCAUGAUGUUUCCGAAAGCGCCAGACUCGGAGCUUCGAAAGGAUGAAAACCCACUUGUGGAAGCGAUCUUCAACUACCAGAUGAUCCACAUCGAAGCAUAUGUUGUGCAUGUCGACAUGGUUUCUCAGAACGAGGUCGCCUUCAAGCUGACCCCGGAGACCAUCGAGGCUCUGGUGGAGUUCCACCAGGACGUCUACUCUGUGGAUGCUGCCACCAGCACGUGGGAAUGGAGCGAGAAGAGACAGCAGCUGAAGAAGCUACAAGAAGAGUUUGUUCAGGCUGCUAACAGAUUCGUCUACCGCACCAAUGUUCAAGCCCUUGAAGGGCUUGAGGAGGACGGUGCAGGUGAAUUGCUCGGGGGUAGGAGUGAUGAGGCCAAAGCGGCGAUCGAGAGCCUCUUUGUCCCGUUGCGUCCUCCACCUCCUCGCGUGGUGGAUGUCCUUCGUUCCACUCCUAUCCUUCCCAGCUCGGUCGGAAUGGACACAUGGUGGCAACCUCCAAUGCAGCAACCCGCGUCCAUGGACGCCUGGAAGGUACUACCAUCCAGCCCAACCACGGCCAGCACAGGGGAUUCUAAUCCGAAUUUGUGGGCCAGUCUCAGUGGUCUCGAUGAGACGCACUAUUCCUCCUCAACGUCAUCUUACAGUCAGCCCUUCACCACCUCGCCAUACGACUCGGACCCGUACUAUAGCGCCGCUGUGACGUCUGCCGCUAUGACUGCUCUUCCACUACCGAGCAUGUUGGUGCAGCCUUGCGGCACUGCCGCGAGUGUGUCGGGGUUUGGCUGGGGCGGUCGAUAUCAGGAUUUUGCGCUGAUGACGAUGUAA